AUGGCGACCCAACGAAGGUCCCCCUCGCUGAGCGGACCUGAACCCGGAAAAGUCUCACCGCGCAACACAGAACUGCCUCCGCCCAACGGCAAUGCCAGCGAGAAGAAGACCCCGGGCAUCAGGCCUGCUGGCGAGAGUGGCCGUUCCGGCAUUCAUCCUCUGCACUUCUUGGCAAUAUGCUUCCGGUCGUCGAACAAGGUCUCGGCGAGUGUGAACAUCCUUUGGCCGCUGGUCCCCGUGGCAAUUGCACUUCGAUACGCCCUCACCGACACUGUUCCUCACCAUCUGGUCAUCUUUAUCACCUCGUACCUGGCCAUGGUUCCCUGCGCCAACCUGAUUGGCUUUGCCGGUCAAGAACUCGCUCGGAAGGUGCCUCACGUCUUUGGCGUUCUCAUCGAGACAACAAUCGGCAGCAUUGUGGAAAUCAUUCUCUUCAUGAUCCUGCUCUCGAGGGACCUGUUCCAAGUCAUCCAGGCUGCGAUCCUAGGUUCCAUCCUGGCGACCAUGCUCCUCUGCCUCGGCUUGUGCUUCUUUGUCGGCGGCCUCAAGACCGAUGUCCAGUCCUUUAGCGAGACGGUUAGCGAAGCAGGAAGUGGCCUCCUACUCACAGCGGGCUUCGGCCUGGCCAUCCCUACAAUCUUCCGCCGCUCCUUGGCUGGCGGUUCGCUGACGGACGAGGAGCUCGCGACCAAGGGCCUCAACAUUUCCCGCAUCAUCGCCAUCCUCCUGUUCAUUUCCUACCUCGUCUUCGUCUGGUUCCAGGCCAGGACCCACCACGGCCUGUACGAAGACAUCUUCGAAGAGGACGAGAGGAUCGACGACGACCGGCACCGAGAUAUGCGAAAGGCCAAGCUCACCCUGACCGAGAGCCUGCUGGCUCUCGUCAUCUCAGUUGGCCUUGUUACCGUCAUUGCCCUGAGCCUCGUCGAGCAGAUCCACAACAUGGUCACGGACCGGCACAUCUCGGACGCCUUCAUGGGCCUGAUCCUCGUGCCGCUCGUCGAGAAGGCCGCCGAGCACCUGACGGCCAUCGACGAGGCCUGGGACAACCAGAUGAACUUUGCCCUCGCCCACGUCCUCGGCGCCACGCUGCAGACCGCCCUCUUCAACGGGCCCCUCGUCGUCAUCGUCGGCUGGGGCCUGCACAAGCCCAUGGGCAUGGAGUUUGAGCUCUUUGACAUCGCCAUGCUGAUCCUGGCGAUCAUCACCGUGGGCAACUUCCUGCGCGACCAGAAGAGCAACUACCUCGAGGGCUUCCUCUGUGUGAUUGUCUACAUCGCGAUCGCCGUCGCGGCCUACAAUUAUCCGAACCCUCAGCCGCAUGGUGCUGGUGCUGGCGCUGGCGGUGAGGGAGCAACAACAACCGGGGGCGGUGGGCAUUGA